AUGAAAUUUUCUUUUAAGAUUACUCCGUCUGCCCUUAUUGCUGUGCAUUGGGAUCAUUGGUGUUAUAAUGGUAAUAUGGAUAGUUUUUCGGAUGGCCAUUUUGUUCUCCUGCAUACUAAUCCGAAUACUCUUAUAAGGGACCUGAUUAGAGAUAAUUGCUGGAGCUUGCCAAAUGAAAUUCCCGUGAAUGUCAAGCUGGCUAUUCAAGAUAUUCCCAUAUUCACUCAUUCCAGUUCUUGCUUAUUUUGGGAUAAUCUUAAGCUUAGCAGGUUUUCUGAUUACAUAAAUGCAUUUCACUCUAACAUGCCUUUUUGUCCCUGGUAUAAAUUAGUUUGGCAUAAGAGCCAUGCGCUGCGUUACUCUGCUUUUACGUGGUUGGCUCUUGUCGGUGGGCUUAAAACUUCUGAUGCCCUGCUGAUCCGCAAUAUUCAAAUUCCGAAUGUUUGCUCUCUCUGUCAUGUAUUUCCUGAGAGUUCUUCUCAUUUGUUUUUUGAAUGCUCUUACUCAUAUGAAAUACUGAUUAGCAUUAUGCCUGUUGCUAGGCAGCUGCUCCUCAGACCUAGUAUUCUGCAGCUUCUGGAAUGGAUCACGAAUGAUCCUGACACUACUCAGCAUACAAAAAAGCUUUAUUCUAUUUUCUCUUACUGUAGCAUUUACUAUAUCUGGAAAGAGAGAAAUUCGAGAAGAUUUGCUAACAUUUUUAACAGUAGUUCCACUACUACUCUUUGCAUCAAAAAAGAUGUUAAUCUUAAGAUUUGUUUAUGCUCUGGCUCAAAUUCGGUUCUAUUGCUUUUGCUGGUGGUUGCUCUGAGGUUGGGGUUACACCUUUGUGCCUGCUGUGCCGAUAUUUCAACACCUGGUCAAUGA